UUUAUCCGUUCAAAGCUCUCAAUAGAGUCCUACUCUCUCUUCUUCUAGCAGUAGUGGGGUUACCAUAAAAGCUAGUUAGAACAUAUUCCUCUCCAGCUUCCAUAUAAUUAACAGUAAGAGAUCAAAAUUUGUUGUAGUGGAGAGAGCUGCGAUCGAUAUUGGAGAUGUCGAGACAUUGGUAUACAUCUUUCCCCAUCGGGUUCAGGUUUGAUCCCAAAGACGAAGUGUUGGUGUCCUUUUAUCUAUGGCGGAAAAAACAGGGGCUGGAUCUACCGAAAGGUCCCAUCGUUGAAGCCGACGUCUAUGCUCAUGAACCAUGGUUUCUUCACCUACUGAUGAUUCUCUCGCUGGUUUGAAACUUGGUGCAUGUAGAUGGUAAUGAUUCUGCGUGCAUGGCCGUGAACAAUGACCGAUAUUUUUUUGUGCAGAGAGAGCCAGUAUCUGGAAACGGUAAUGGGAAGAGAAUCAAAAGGGAUCUGGAAGGGGAUUCUGAUGGAGGUUUAGUGGAAGGCUAACACCGGAGACAUGGAAAUUAAAGACUCAGAGGACCACCUCGUGGGUUACAUGAAGUCGCUCACCUUCUUUAAAUACAAAAACAAAGAACGAAUCCGGAAAGAAGCAACCAAAACCGACUGGACUAUGCACGAAUACAGGCUAGCUUCCGAUUCUCAAUUUCAAAGCUGGACUUUAUGCCGAAUAAGGUACCGUGGUCAUGAUCAUGUGCAGCACGGUCCGAGGACUGACCCAUCAACAUCGGAACAAGCAUUUUUGGAUACGAGGAUCCCUGAUUUUCCGUCAUCGGAACAAGCUGCUAAUUUUUCGAAUUAUCAAUAUCGGAUCAAUUACAAGCAUUUUACGGUACGACCUGGACUGAUCCAUCAUCUGAUCAUCAACAAGCUUUUUCGGGAGCUGUAUCAAUAUCGGAACAAGCAUUUUCGGAUACGGGCUGGAGUGGUAAUUCUGAUCCAUCAGGGGAACAAGUUUCUCCAUAAGCACAUGAUGAAAUCGAUAGCAUUCUUAAUAUCCCCCCAGAUGAGUUUCAAGCAUUCUUGGUGAGUCUUUUAGUACUUUAAGACAAGUCCAUGCAUUCUUAUCGGCUUAAUUACCAGAAGCAGAUCGAAAGUGUAGAAACACAUGAUUUUUAUGAUUAUUAAUUAAUGUAAUAAGCUAUUGCACGUAUUAUAUAAAAACUCUUAAGAAGUCUUAUCUAAAAUUAUGUACGUGUUUUCAGCAAUGAUAACCAAAUUCACUUGCUGCUUUUUCCUAAAAUUAAAUCUAGUUGUAAUACUCUUAUAUCCAAAUUGUUUAGUGAAAAACUUAGAACUGUUGGCGCCUGACGAUCACCGCCCUCUCUUUAGUCCCUUAGCGGUCUUUUCUGCCAUAACCUUUGAUCCCCACUUUUUUA